AAAGCUACAACAAGAUUUUACUUUUUCAGUCAGAGGAAACAUCCCAGUGCUUGGAGGGUGAACGCUUGAAAAACUCAAGAUGGCUUUUUUGAUCAAGAGCAUGAUUGGGAACCCACUGUCAGGGAUAGGUCUCGGUGGUGGCGGUGACAAAGAGGAGGAGGCCGCCCCGUCAGAUCCUGCAAAAGCAGCUGGGAUGACUCGCGAGGAGUAUGAAGAAUACCAAAAACAGUUGGUAGAGGAGAAGAUGGAGAGGGAUGCAGAUUUCUUACACAAAAAGGCAGAGCGUGCAACUCUAAGAGUGUGUCUCAGAGAUAAAUACAGACUGCCAAAGAGUGAGCAAGAUGAGAACAUGAUUGAGAUGGCUGGGGACGACGUGGACGUCCCAGAGGAGCUGCUCAAGAUGGUGGAUGAGGAUGCUACGGAGGAGGAGGGCAAGGACUCGCUAAUGGGCCAGUUUCAAAACUUGCAGAACAUGGACAUGGACCAGCUGAAGGAAAAAGCCUCUGCCACGGUCACUGAGCUGAAGAGCAAAGCAGAGGAGAAGUGCUCUGUUAUGUGAAAAAGAAUGAGAAAACAAAGGAGGAACAUACACGGUGGUUACUAAGAUGAUGAUUUAACAACUUGAUUGGAAGAAAUGAACCGUAACAGCCUGAGUCUCUGUACAUUUUUGAACAUAAGCCCUUUCUCAUGUUAUACAAUAAAAAAAACAUUCAGAUCAUAGAAUGUAUUACAACUGGCAGUGGGUAUAUAUAUAAAAAUCUACAGUAAAAUGUCCUUUUUUACUCUCAAAUUUGCAGUAUGUUACAUUAUGUUAAGGGUGCCCCAUCUCUAAUGUUUAGUGGUGUCAUAAAAUGAGACCAAAUAAAUGUGUGUGUGUUUUUCUCUGUCAAGGAAAUCAAAGUGUUCCAAUAUAUUCUGAUAGAAAACCAAUCACUCCUGUGUGAUGCGACUUUCCUUUUGGUUUUAUUUAUUCUUUUUUUCUUUUUUGUCUCUGGUGUUUAAUAUAUUUAGCUACUAUUUCGGUAUUACAUGGAAGGUGGAGAUUAUCAAGCAACAAAAACUUUGCAGAAACAUUUGCAGAUUUGCACAAAACCUACAAUACAUGAAUAAUAAAGGC